AUGUUGGGCUACUCGGGGUGCUGCUACUACAAUACAAACACCUGGUGUUAUCUUCCCCAAGUUUCUGUAAAAGCCUAUGCCGCGAUUACGUCUUCUGCGUGCCGCACCACUCUGACUCAGACCUUUUUCAACUCCUCCGAACUCCUCAUCGAAGAAGUAUCUUAUACUUUCCCUCUUUACGAUGGCGUAAGCGUGGUGAGAUUUGAGUGUCGCGUGGGAUCGCGCCUGCUCCACAGUAAAGUGAAGACAAAGGAACAAGCUCAAUCCGAGUACCAUGAUGCCGUUACCAACCAACAGACGGCGGCCAUCAUGGAUCACACCAUGGAUCAGAAUGACGUCUUUGUUAUUCGCCUUGGUAACGUCCCUGCCAAGGAGACUAUCACGGUCGACAUCACCUUUGUUGGCGAGCUCAAACAAGACUCCCAGUCUGAUGGCGUUCGCUACACUUUGCCAAACUCUAUUGCUCCUCGAUAUGGGAGCCUAUCGAACAAUGCCGCUGGUUCCCUCACUAGUCAUGGUCUACCCGCAGAUCUAAAAGGUAUCUCCGUCACGGUUGAUGUUCUCAUGGAAAAGGACUCGAUACUGCGUGAGCUACAAUCUCCGAGUCACCCUGUCAAGGUUUCUCUUGGCCGAAUGUCUUCCACCUCCGCAGAUGUCCAGUCAUUUGACCCAUCCAAGGCCUCUGCAACCCUCCGUCUUGUCAAGGGUGAACAUGCUUUACUUGAACGCGACUUCGUUCUUGUCAUCAAGGCCGAUGGACUCGAUAAACCCCGUGCAUUGUUGGAAACGCAUCCCACUCUCCCAGGGCAACGGGCCUUGAUGGUCAGUUUGGUUCCCAAAUUUAGUCUUCCACCAGCUCAGCCGGAGGUAGUCUUUGUCAUUGAUAGAAGUGGAAGUAUGCAUGAUAAGCUUGAUACGCUGAAAUCGAGCCUCCAAAUAUUCUUGAAAUCUCUCCCCGUCGGCAUUUGUUUCAACAUCUGCUCUUUUGGAUCUAUCUUCUCCUUCCUCUGGCCAAAAAGCAGAGUCUACGACGCAUCGAGCUUGGAAGAUGCUCUACGCUUUGUAUCCUCCAUCAGUGCCAACAUGGGCGGUACAGAGAUGCAAUCGGCUGUGGUUGCUACCGUUCAAAAUCGCCUGAAGGACAAAGAGUUGGAGGUUCUUCUACUCACCGACGGGCAAAUUUCUCGGCAAGAGGCGUUGUUUGAUUUUGUCCGCACGUCGGCAGCCGACAACACUGUUCGCUUCUUUUCCCUUGCCAUCGGGAACGCCGCGUCCCAUUCGCUCGUGGAGGGCGUUUCCCGAGCUGGAAAUGGCUUUUCCCAGUCCGUAAUCAAUUACGAGGAGCUGGAUCAGAAAGUGGUAAGAAUGUUGAAGGGCGCACUUACUCCCCAUAUCUUCGACUACAAGCUCGAGGUGCAAUAUGAAGGUAAGGCCGACGAGGACUUUGAAUUUGUGGACUCCGACGUACCCAUGUCAGACUUCGGGACCAAAAUCUCAACCUCAACCUCUGGAACGUCUCAGAAAACUCUCACACAACAGCCGAUCUCCCUCUUUGAUGCCAAUUUUAAAGGAUCGGACGCCGAACUCGGAUCCCGUCAACAGGCAGAUGACAAGAGCCUUCCCAUCAUUCCUUCCCCUCCAGCUCUUCAAGCCCCUUACAAGAUUCCGUCCCUCUAUCCAUUCAUCAGGACCACAGUCUACCUCUUACCAGAUCCCCGCUAUUCACAUCGUAUUCCACAAUCACUGGCCUUCCGUGCAACCUCCAAAUUUGGGCCUCUGGAGCUGCAAAUCCCAAUAAGCGAUUCCGGCAAGGGAGAAACGAUUCAUCAACUUGCUUCGCGCAAGGCAGUCAUUGAACUUGAGGAGAACCACGGUUGGCUUCAAGACGCCCACGAUAAGUUCGGAAACCCAUUCCAGCAAUUUCACUCAGACACACAGCAGCGCAUCGUAGCUCGCGAGUGCCAGACCCUGGGAAUCAAAUAUCAGGUAACUGGAAAGUACUGCUCCUUCGUUGCGCUGGAAAAUGAUGAAUCUUUGAACUCCGAGGAGAGACCGACGGCGAAGGAGAUUGAGACACGAACAGUGCCAGUCGUCAAGAUGAUUCAAGGUGGUCACCGCUCCUCACGUAGCCUACGUCCCAGUGGCAACCCAACUACGAUUUACAGCGGGCACGCAUUUGGAGCAUUCGGCGCUGCCCCACCGCCACAACCGAAUGCUCCUGCUCCUCGAGUAGAUAACGGGCGAGUCAUGAUGAUGCAGAGCUCUGUUGCACCUAGACAGCCCUUCAGCGUUUCGACGAGCUCUUCGCACUUGUCCGGUUCUCCCGCACCCCCACCACCUCCUCCUGCGUCAGAGGGAGCACUUUUUGGAGCAAGCGCGGGGACAAUGCCAUAUAGACCGCCCUUUGGGGCUUCUUCUCGAUCUCCUCCAACAAGAUCAAGUCCCUUCCAAGCAUUUGGCCAGGCCCAGCCUCCAGCCCAGCCUCCAGCCCAGCCAAGUGCCUUUGGGGCACCGUCUGGACGGCUAUUUGGCUCAUCAGCUCAACAGACAACAGGCGGCUCCCUCUUUGGAAGACCUAGUCAGUCCCAGCAAUUUCAGCAAUUCCAGUCGAGUGCAUUUGGAGCAUCAUCUGGAGGGCUCUUCGCUUCAUCCACUCAAUCCGCACAGGGUAACUCCCUCUUUGGCAGGCAAAGCUCUGGGCCAACACCGUUUAGAAAUACCACUUCUCCUUCACAGGCUUCUAUUUCAAUGAGAAAGGUGUCCCUUGUUGCUCGCCAAGAACGGGAUAAUGCAGAGCCAUCGCCCCCCACUUACCAGUCUAAAGUGCACGCCCUUGUGGGAUUGCAAUCUUUUGAAGGAAAUUGGGAAUGGAAGCAAGACCUGUUUGACGUGAUUGGAUGUCAAAUAGAGGAUGUUCAUGCACAGAUUCUUCGUUUGCUUCAAGUCGAGAGCCUUGACGGUGAAGCCGGAAACAUUGCGGCUACUAUCCUGGCACUUGGCUUCCUCGUGAACAAGCAUGCAGACUCUAAAGGUCUAUGGGAGCUUGUUUCCGAUAAAGCAGAAGCCUGGAUCUCUACCAAAUUACCUCAAAUUGGUCUUGGUCAAGUCAUGGAAUCACACAAAAACGACAUCAUGGCUCUGAUCUGA